AUGUUGUCUUCCAUCCGAACAGUUUGCACUAAAGGGGCCUUGAGCCGUCAGGCAUCCCAACGCCUGUUUGCCCGUGGCAUGGCCACCAAAGAUAUGACUGUGAGAGAAGCUAUUUGCGAGGGUAUCGAUGAAGAAAUGGAACGUGAUGAAAAUGUCUUCAUCAUGGGAGAAGAAGUUGCCCAGUACCAAGGUGCAUACAAGGUCACCAAGGGAUUGUACCAAAAGUACGGAGAGAAACGGGUCAUUGAUACCCCCAUCACCGAAGCUGGCUUUACUGGAAUGGCCGUGGGCGCUGCCUUCCACGAUCUACGACCCAUUGUGGAGUUCAUGACCUGGAACUUUAGCUUGCAAGCCAUUGAUCAAAUUCUUAACGGUGCCGCCAAGCAGUUCUACAUGAGUGGAGGAAACUUGGCCUGCCCCAUUGUUUUCCGUGGACCAAAUGGGUACAGUGCCGGUACUGCUGCUCAGCACUCUCAGUGCUUUGCUGCGUGGUUUGGAAGUGUCCCUGGACUAAAGGUUGUCGCUCCAUAUUCAUCGGAGGAUUCCAAGGGACUCAUCAAGGCUGCGAUCCGUGAUCCCAACCCUGUGGUGGUCUUGGAACACGAACUCAUGUAUGGAGUUAGCUUCCCAAUGUCCGACGAGGCGCAAUCGAAGGACUUUGUUAUUGAAAUCGGAAAGGCCAAAAUUGAAAAGGAAGGAACCGAUGUGACUCUCAUUACCUACUCCAAGGAAGUUGGACUCGCGUUGGAGGCUGCCGAAGUAAUGGCCGCCAAGGGAACCAGCGUCGAGGUGAUUAACUUGCUCUCCAUCCGCCCGCUCGAUAGAGAUGCCAUUCUUGGUUCCAUCAAGAAGACUGGAAGAUGCGUGACUUUGGAACAGGGAUGGCCUCAGCACGGAGUUGGUGCCGAAAUCUCUGCCAUGAUUAUGGAAACCGACACUUUCAACUACAUGGAUGCCCCCAUGGAGCGUGUGUGCGGAGCAGAUGUUCCCAUGCCAUAUGCCAAGGACCUUGAAGAGGCGGCACUACCACAGCUGAACGAUGUUGUUGCUGCCAUUGAGCGAACAACCUUUAGAAGAAUGGCUGCCUAA